AGGUUGAAAUCAAAAUUUUCUAGAAUGGAUGCUACUGCUUGUUCCUUCAAAGCGAUAGCAGACGAACACGGGAACCUCAUUCAAGAGGAAGCAGGACAAAGCAAGGAUAAGGAGGAAGAGUCGUACCAAAGCGAGUCUAAAGCUGUUUGCUAUGGAUGUAUUCCCAAAAAUUACUCUUCUGCACUCGUCUUCUGUCAUGAAUGCGUCGACGUUUUUGAGAUGAAGCACAAAUGUCCGGCAGAAGUUGUUACUAGAGCACAACUUCGGCAUCCUUCUCGACUUCUAGAGGCGAAGGAUUCUUGCAAAGGAGAAGCCCAAUUCUUUUUCUCCAAUGAAUCCAUCGAGAUCCUUCAAGGAGUAGUGGAGCGCUCAGGCGUCGAUGGAGUUCUUUGUCUCGGGGCCCCAAGACUUUUUGAAGAGUUGAGAGGAAAAAAAGGUGAGAAACGUCAUCUCUUCCUCCUUGACUAUGAUGAUAGAUAUGCACGAUUUUUCCCCGCAACGCAAUUUGCUCAGUACAGCAUGCUUGUCGACCACUUUUAUGACAGGAAAGCUCUUGACCGACUUUGCUCUUUUUUUGCGGAAUGUGCCCAAAUAUUGCUCAUAUGUGACCCACCUUUCGGGGUGUUUCUUGAGCCGCUCAUGCACACAGUAGAUUCUCUUCGGCAACGACACAAGAAAGCAAGGUCUGUUCAAAUACUGUCUAUGUGUAGUUAUUUUGUAGCAUUCCCAUUUACCAUCGAAGCUCGAAAUAAUUUAAUUGCUCUCAUGAAACUUACCGUGAACUGCAGUCAAAAAAAUUGCAGCAAUAAAAUCCUGUCGCAGUGUGUACUUUGGUUUACUUCAUCGAGUGAAGUAUUAUGUGGUUGUGUCAAAAGCAAGAUAGUUUAUGCUUGGAGGAUAUAUGGCCACUGUGUCCUUAAGAUGAGUUGUAUACCACCGUAG